AGUGUAGCCUCUCCUCCUACCUUUAUGAUGGAAUAUAGGAUGAUUUCAGUUAUUACCACAAGAAAAAGUCCUGCAAGAAAGCCCAUGUUGCCACUUUACUCAUUAUUGAAGUGUCUUUAUGAGUGUUCGUCUUGACUGUCAGAGACAACAGGUAAGAUGCUAGGGGAGGCGGAUAAAAAGAGAUCAAAGUGUUUUUGUUUACUUCUUUGAAGUCUUGUAGUAUCUACUAUUCACUGUGCACACUUCUCGAUUCAUGCUGAAAAUUGGAAUUCACCCAUUUUUUCUCUUUUUCCUGUCUAAGGUGCAGAUGGGGCAUAUUUCGUUGACUCCAUCCAUCCCUGCCCCCACGCAUUAGCACAUGCACACGUAUACAUAGCCAGUGGAAAAGAAAAAAGAGUUACUCACAUUCAUCCAUUUUACAAAGAUUUCCAGGCUGCAAUGGGAGGGCUUUACCUCUCCCUGAAGGAUGAAUAAAUAGGUAGCUUUAGUGACAACCUGUUCACAGUCAAACUGAAGUGAAAACGAGACCAAGGUCUUUUCUACUGUUGGCAUUUAUGAGAUCAAGUCCUGGCAACAUGGAAAGGAUAGUCUUCUGCCUGAUAGUCAUCUUCUCUGGGACAGUGGCCCACAAAUCAAGCUCCCAAGGUCAAGAUCGUUUCAUGAUUAGGAUGCGUCAACUUAUAGAUAUUGUUGAUCAGCUGAGAAAUUAUGUGAAUGACUUGGACACUGAAUUUCUGCCAGCUCCACAAGAUGUAAAGAGACACUGUGAGCAGUCAGCUUUUUCAUGUUUUCAGAAGGCUCAACUUAAGUCAGUAAAUGCAAGCGACAAUGCAAAGAUAAUCAACAUGAGAAUUAAACAGCUGAAGAGGAAACUACCUCCCACAAACACAGGCAAAAAGCAGAAACGCAGUCUAACAUGUCCUGCAUGUGAUUCUUACGAGAAAAAACCACCCAAAGAAUUCUUAGAAAGACUGAAAUCACUUCUCCAAAAGGUAUCUAAUAUUAUAUUUUUUGAUCUUCUACUUCAUCUUAAUCUAUACCGACAGCUUCUUAUUUUUAGGUUACUCACGAUAUACUAUUUCCACAGAUGAUUCAUCAGCAUCUCUCCUAGAACCCAUGGGAUUAUGAAGGUUCCCGAGGAUCUAACUUGAAGCUGGACACUAUAUUAUAUACUCUAAAACAGUAAUGAAACUCACGUCUUGGUAUUCCAGAUGGGGGUGUACAAUAUAUUAGUGAUGGAAAAAAACUUAGAGAAGUGUUCAAAGUCAGUAUUAUUUUCCCUAAAUUACUA